GCCCAACAAGCCAAAUUCCUCAGCGAUGUGGAGAAUGAGCUGGAGGAGCUGGCGGUCACCAUUGCACAGGCGAAGAAGAUGGUGGCACUCAUUAAGGGCGCUGCCACGAAGGAGAAGGAAAGAGUCGAGAAGCUCUUUGCAGAAGCCUCCGAGGCCCUGGCGACCUUCCAGAAGGAAGUGGCGGGUUUCAUCGAGGACGGGGAGCGCUCCAUGCUGGGGGAGGCCGAGGCUGAUCUCCGCUGGAAGGAGGAGAGGCGAGCCAAGCUGGCCCAGUGCAAGCAAAACCUGGAGAACGUCCCCAGCACUGACACCAUCUACUUCCUUCAGGAAUUUCAAGCCUUAAAAGUAGCCAUGGAAGAAACCCUCUCCCCGACUCCAAGCUUCCCGAACGAGCUGAACUUCACCAAAUGCACCCAAGCCGUGGGCGCCGUGAAGGAUGUGCUGUCCGCCGCCUGCAAAAACCAGUGGGACCGCCUGCAGGGGAAGGGAGUGGAUGGGCUGAGUUUCCAGGAGGUGGAGGAAGCGCCAGCUGAGUCCCGGUUUCCAGAGAAGUCAAACAAUCCCGCCUGCCUGGAGAGCCGCGAUUACUUCCUGAAAUUUGCCUUCAUCAUUGACCUGGACAGUGACACGGCCGACAAGUUCAUCCAGCUGUUUGGCACCAAAGGGGCCAAGCGGGUGCUGUGCCCCAUCCCCUACCCGGAGAGCCCGACCCGCUUCAUCAACUGCGAGCAGGUGCUGGGGGUGAACCUCAUGAAUCGGGGCAACUACUACUGGGAGGUGGAGCUGAUCGACGGCUGGGUCAGCAUCGGCGUCAUCGCCGAGGACUUCGACCCCCGGGAGUCCUACAACCGCGGCCGGCUGGGGCGGAACGAGAAGUCCUGCUGCCUGCAGUGGAACGGACAGAACUACGUGGCCUGGUUUGGUGGCUUUGAGUCCGUCAUCCAGCAGCCAUUUUUCCACACGAUUGGGGUCUUCCUGGAGUAUUCGGAGAAGGCGCUGACCUUCUACGGAGUCAAGGACUCCAAGAUGACCUGCCUGCAGCAGCUCAAGGUCUCUCAUUUUGCCAAGGGUCAGUUUGACCCAUUCCAGAACAAGAUCAACCACCAGUUCGCCUCUCUUUUCUUGUGCAAGCUGAAACCAGCCUUCUUCCUGGAGAGCGUCGAUGCCCACCUGCAGAUCGGACCGCUGAAGAAAGAUUGUGUUUCGGUGCUAAAGCGUAGGUAA